AUGAACAAAACUCACCCUCCCAAAUUGAAAAAAUUUAUGGACAAGAAGUUAUCAUUGAAAUUAAAUGGUGGGAGACAUGUCCAAAGAAUAUUGCGGGGAUUUGAUCCCUUUAUGAAUCUUGUGAUAGAUGAAUGUGUGGAGAUGGCAACUAGUGGGCAACAGAACAAUAUUGGAAUGGUGGUAAUAUGAGAAAAUAGUAUCAUCAUGUUAGAAGCCUUGGAAUGAGUAUAAAUAAUGGCUGUUCAGCGGAGAAAUCCAUGUCCCCUCACCA